AUAUCAGACAUACGCCCCGAUGAUGGUAUAAGGUUUCAAGUAUCAAACCACAGAAUUUCUCAUCUGAUUUGUUAUGUGAUGAGAGUAACGUGAGAAGCAAGUCAAUCAGGCAGAAAACACAGCAUGCACGUGUUGACGAUAUGGGCACCUGUUUGGCGAAACAUUCGAACUCCAAGCAUCAUGUGAUAUCUUUCUAUACAUGGUGGUGGAGCCUGAAUUAUAUUACACAUCGUACGCCCACUUGCACAGGACACGUUUGUUUAAAGUGAGAAGUGGUUCCUUACUUAUCAUGUCGUCACUUCCGACCAAUGAAUUUAUCGAUGGUUAUGGGUCAGGACAGCCACCAACGGUUUUAGAAUCAAGAAAACAAAGCCUUUCGGUAAUUUUUCCUCGGCCGUCACUCUCAGGCUAUGCGGCAGGAGUAGAAACGGCGCGUGUGGCGCAUGCGACUGGAAACCGGCGAAGACUUAGUCAAGUGACACGGCGUUUGUCCAAAACGAUUGGAUGGCGGACGGCGGUGUCCCAAGAGGAAGUGAUCUCUCAGGCUGAAAACCUCUGUGUUCGGUUUUUAAGAUACAAAUUGCGCUCUUUUGGGUCAGUUCAUAAAAAGCUUAAACUAAACCAACUUAAGAGCCUCAGCCAAAUCGGCGGAGAUCCGAUAAUGGCCGAAGUGUGUGUCCAGCUACGGCAGUUGACCCAGCUCUUGGAGCGGCAAAACCCUCGGUUGUUUCAGAGCGUCAUUUGUAGUGUUGGUCUUAAGUCACUGCCAAACGAAAUGGCCACAAUCAACUUAUUUCAGGCAGUAGCAGACGAAAUUAUUCGCUCAGAAAUUUCCUGGGGUCGCAUCGUCGCAUUGUAUUCUGUUGCUGGAACACUGGCUUUAGACUGUAUACGCCUUGGUCGCCCUGAGUUUGUUUUAGGGUUAAUACGAGGAAUUGGGACAGUCAUAGAAGGAGAUGGAGCAGCAUGGUUAGUCCAACAAGGAGGGUGGGAGGCAAUUCUGACACGUUUCAAGAACUCCGACAGAACCAAUAUGGCUGAUCUCUUGCUUUUCCUUACCGUGUCUGCUUUCACGCUAGUUCUACUAAUGUACCUCGUCACUUGAUCAACCGCCAACUGAAUCAAGUUUCUUUUUGCGCCCUCUACAAAAAUGGGAGAGUUUUGAAUUAUCGUUAUAGACGGGGAUAUUACUUUGAUGACAAAUAAACACUUUAGAAUUAAACAAAAAAGGAUCUGUAAAUUUGAUUACUUUUCCUGGAAACCCCAAGAUAUUCCCCUACAGAUGAAGCAUGAAGUUUUUGACGACAGUUUAUUAUUGAGUACUAGCUGGAAUACCAGUCCGUUGGACGGGUGAAAUAAAAACUCGUUUGUAACAAAGGA